AUGGACAACGACUUUAAUGGGCAGCCCAGUGAAAACUCAAUCUACUCUGGGAUUAGGGUCAGCACCAACCCAAAGGAUGGGUCUGAGGCCUGGAAAACCAUCUGGGACUUCGAGGCUGGCUACGUUGCAACCAAGGUGUUUUCAAAGAACACCUGCAUCAUUGCUACAACCAGCAAGAGGUUUUGGCUUGGCAAACCUUUUCCUACACCACCUCCAGGAGACAAGUCUCAGCAGACAAAUGGAAACCAGCAAAUCAUCUUUGGUGGCGACUCUCAAAUCACUAUCACCGGUAUCUCACAAGCCGUGAAGCUCAAUAGUCAAACAAGAGUGGCAAUCAUCGAGCAAAAGAGCCAAACUUUAUCAUGGAAAACCAUCUGGAACUACAACAGGGGUGUCAUUGCAACCAAAGUCAUGCAGCAGAACACCUGCUACAUUUCCAUCAUGAACAGAACUGACAUACCCAGUUUUAAUAGGCUGGCCCGACUGGCGGCAGAGAGCAGGAACAUGAUUGGUGUUCUUGGAAGACCUACCAAGGAGAUCACCUUUGUCACCAGUGGAUUGGUCAACAACCUCAACUCCUAUGGAAUAGAAAUCUCAGCUAUGUGCAGCGGAGUCACCACCUACAUGGCUUAUGAAGUCCAUGGACUCCAAGCAAAUCUGGGAUCCUGCAUUACCCUCAAUGUCUUGAGAGCGGUGGAUCUGAGGUACUGCAAUAGCAAUGGCAACUGGAAUGGCAUCUUCAACAACACUCAGGUCAUCAUCGGUGGCCACUCCCAAAUUGUGACCAUCAACAGGCAAUGGCGUGUGGCAAUCAUUGAACAAACGAGCAUCAGUGGGUCCUGGAAAACCAUCUGGAACUACAACACGGGUGUCAUUGCAACCAAAAUCACGCAACAGAACACCUGCUACAUUUCCACCAUGAACAGAAAUGAGAUGCCCCACUUUGAUAACCUGGCCCGCCUGGCACAGGAGAGCAGGAACCUGAUCGGUGGUUUUGGAAGACCUACCAAGAGGAUCACCUUUGUCACCAAUGGAUUGGUCAACAACCUCAACUCCUAUGGAGCAGACAUCAUGGCUAUGUGCAGUGGACUCACCACCUACACAGCUUAUGAAGUUCACAGACCCCAGGUGACUCUGGGAUCGUGCAUUACCCUCGAUGUGCUGAGAGUUGUAGAGCUGAAGUACUGCAAUAGCAAUGGCAACUGGAACAACCAGUGGAACAACCAGUGGAACAACCAGUGGAACAACCAGUGGAAUGGCAACUGGAACAACAACUGGACCAACGAGUGGAAUGGCAACUGGAACGGCAACUGGAACAACCAGUGGAAUGGCAACUGGAACAACAGUUGGAAUGGCAACUGGAACGGCAUCGGCAACAACAAUUGGAACAACCAGUGGAAUGGCAAUUGGAAUGGCAACUGGAAUGGCAACUGGAAUGGCAAUUUCCCGUCUCAGCAGAUUCCCAGCGGCAUCUUCAACAACACUCAGGUCAUCAUCGGUGGCCAGUCCCAAAUUGUGACCAUCAACAGGCAAUGGCGUGUGGCUGUCAUUGAGCAAAGGAGCUUCGGUGGGUCCUGGAAAACCAUCUGGAACUACAACACGGGUGUCAUUGCAACCAAAGUCACACAACAGAACGCCUGCUACAUUUCCAUCAUGAACAGAAGCGAGAUGCCCCGCUUUGAUAACCUGGCCCUCCUGGCACAAGAGAGCAGGAACCUGAUUGGUGCUUUUGCAAGACCCAGCAAGAGGAUCACCUUUGUCACCAGUGGAUUGGUCAGCAACCUCAACUCCUAUGGAAUAGACAUCACGGCUAUGUGCAGCGGAGUCACCACCUACAUGGCUUACGAAGUUCCCACUUUCCAAGGACCCCAGGUGACUCUGGGAUCAUGCAUUACCCUCGAUGUGCUGAGAGCUGUAGAGCUGAAGUACUGCAAUAGCAAUGGCAGUACUCAGCAGAUUCCCAGCGGCAUCUUCAACAACACUCAGGUCAUCAUUGGUGGCCAGUCCCAGAUUGUGACCAUCAACAGGCAAUGGCGUGUGGCCGUCAUUGAGCAAAGGAACAUCAGCGGGUCCUGGAAAACCAUCUGGAACUACAACACGGGUGUCAUUGCAACCAAAGUCACACAACAGAACGCCUGCUACAUUUCCAUCAUGAACAGAAGCGAGAUGCCCCGCUUUGAUAACCUGGCCCGCCUGGCACAAGAGAGCAGGAACCUGAUUGGCGUUUUUGGAAGACACACCAAGAUCACCUUUGUCACCAAUGGACUGGUCAACAACCUCUACUCCUAUGGAACAGAGAUUGCGGCUAUGUGCAGCGGAGUCACCACCUACAUGGCUACCCAAGUUACCACUUUCCAAGGACACCAGGUGACUCUGGGAUCAUGCAUUACCCUCGAUGAGCUGAGAGUUGUAGAGCUGAAGUACUGCAAUAGCAAUGGCAACUGGAACAACCAGUGGAACAACCAGUGGAACAACCAGUGGAACAACCAGUGGAACAACCAGUGGAAUGGCAACUGGAACAACAACUGGAACAACCAGUGGAAUGGCAACUGGAACAACAACUGGAACAACCAGUGGAACAACAACUGGACCAACGAGUGGAAUGGCAACUGGAACAACAACUGGAACAACCAGUGGAAUGGCAACUGGAACAACCAGUGGAAUGGCAACUGGAACAACCAGUGGAAUGGCAACGGCAAUUGGAAUGGCAACUGGAAUGGCAACUGGAACGGCAAUUUCCCGUCUCAGCAGAUUCCCAGCGGCAUCUUCAACAACACUCAGGUCAUCAUCGGUGGCCAGUCCCAAAUUGUGACCAUCAACAGGCAAUGGCGUGUGGCUGUCAUUGAGCAAAGGAGCUUCAGUGGGUCCUGGAAAACCAUCUGGAACUACAACACGGGUGUCAUUGCAACCAAAGUCACACAACAGAACGCCUGCUACAUUUCCAUCAUGAACAGAAACGAGAUGCCCCGCUUUGAUAACCUGGCCCACCUGGCACAAGAGAGCAGGAACCUGAUCGGUGCUUUUGGAAGACCCAACAAGAGGAUCACCUUUGUCACCAGUGGAUUGGUCAGCAACCUCAACUCCUAUGGAAUAGACAUCACGGCUAUGUGCAGCGGAGUCACCACCUACAUGGCUUACGAAGUUACCACUUUCCAAGGACCCCAGGUGACUCUGGGAUCAUGCAUUACCCUCGAUGUGCUGAGAGCUGUAGAGCUGAAGUACUGCAAUAGCAAUGGCAGUACUCAGCAGAUUCCCAGUGGCAUCUUCAACAACACUCAGGUCAUCAUCGGUGGCCACUCCCAGAUUGUGACCAUCAACAGGCAAUGGCGUGUGGCCGUCAUUGAGCAAAGGAACAUCAGCGGGUCCUGGAAAACCAUCUGGAACUACAACACGGGUGUCAUUGCAACCAAAGUCACACAACAGAACGCCUGCUACAUUUCCAUCAUGAACAGAAGCGAGAUGCCCCGCUUUGAUAACCUGGCCCGCCUGGCACAAGAGAGCAGGAACCUGAUUGGCGUUUUUGGAAGACCCCACAAGAGGAUCACCUUUGUCACCAAUGGACUGGUCAACAACCUCUACUCCUAUGGAACAGAGAUUGCGGCUAUGUGCAGCGGAGUCACCACCUACAUGGCUACCCAAGUUACCAGACCCCAGGUGACUCUGGGAUCGUGCAUUACCCUCGAUGUGCUGAGAGUUGUAGAGCUGAAGUACUGCAAUAGCAAUGGCAACUGGAACAACCAGUGGAACAACCAGUGGAACAACCAGUGGAACAACCAGUGGAAUGGCAACUGGAACAACCAGUGGAACAACAUUUGGAACGGCAACUGGAACAACCAGUGGAACAACAAUUGGAACGGCAACUGGAACAACCAGUGGAAUGGCAACUGGAACAACCAGUGGAACGGCAACUGGAACAACCAGUGGAACGGCAACUGGAACAACCAGUGGAACGGCAACUGGAAUGGCAAUGGCAACUGGAAUGGCAACUGGAAUGGCAAUUUCCCGUCUCAGCAGAUUCCCAGCGGCAUCUUCAACAACACUCAGGUCAUCAUCGGUGGCCAGUCCCAGAUUGUGACCAUCAACAGGCAAUGGCGUGUGGCUGUCAUUGAGCAAAGGAGCUUCAGUGGGUCCUGGAAAACCAUCUGGAACUACAACACGGGUGUCAUUGCAACCAAAGUCACACAACAGAACGCCUGCUACAUUUCCAUCAUGAACAGAAACGAGAUGCCCCGCUUUGAUAACCUGGCCCACCUGGCACAAGAGAGCAGGAACCUGAUCGGUGCUUUUGGAAGACCCAACAAGAGGAUCACCUUUGUCACCAGUGGAUUGGUCAGCAACCUCAACUCCUAUGGAAUAGACAUCACGGCUAUGUGCAGCGGAGUCACCACCUACAUGGCUUACGAAGUUACCACUUUCCAAGGACCCCAGGUGACUCUGGGAUCAUGCAUUACCCUCGAUGUGCUGAGAGCUGUAGAGCUGAAGUACUGCAAUAGCAAUGGCAGUACUCAGCAGAUUCCCAGCGGCAUCUUCAACAACACUCAGGUCAUCAUUGGUGGCCACUCCCAGAUUGUGACCAUCAACAGGCAAUGGCGUGUGGCCGUCAUUGAGCAAAGGAACAUCAGCGGGUCCUGGAAAACCAUCUGGAACUACAACACGGGUGUCAUUGCAACCAAAGUCACACAACAGAACGCCUGCUACAUUUCCAUCAUGAACAGAAGCGAGAUGCCCCGCUUUGAUAACCUGGCCCGCCUGGCACAAGAGAGCAGGAACCUGAUUGGCGUUUUUGGAAGACACACCAAGAUCACCUUUGUCACCAAUGGACUGGUCAACAACCUCUACUCCUAUGGAACAGAGAUUGCGGCUAUGUGCAGCGGAGUCACCACCUACAUGGCUACCCAAGUUACCAGACCCCAGGUGACUCUGGGAUCGUGCAUUACCCUCGAUGUGCUGAGAGUUGUAGAGCUGAAGUACUGCAAUAGCAAUGGCAACUGGAACAACCAGUGGAACAACCAGUGGAACAACCAGUGGAAUGGCAACUGGAACAACAACUGGAACAACCAGUGGAAUGGCAACUGGAACAACAACUGGAACAACAACUGGAACAACCAGUGGAAUGGCAACUGGAACAACCAGUGGAACAACAAUUGGAACGGCAACUGGAACAACCAGUGGAAUGGCAACUGGAACAACCAGUGGAACGGCAACUGGAACGGUAACUGGAACAACAAUUGGAAUGGCAAUGGCAAUGGCAACUGGAAUGGCAACUGGAAUGGCAACUGGAAUGGAAAUUUCCCGUCUCAGCAGAUUCCCAGCGGCAUCUUCAACAACACUCAGGUCAUCAUCGGUGGCCAGUCCCAAAUUGUGACCAUCAACAGGCAAUGGCGUGUGGCUGUCAUUGAGCAAAGGAGCUUCAGUGGGUCCUGGAAAACCAUCUGGAACUACAACACGGGUGUCAUUGCAACCAAAGUCCCGCAACAGAACGCCUGCUACAUUUCCAUCAUGAACAGAAACGAGAUGCCCCGCUUUGAUAACCUGGCCCACCUGGCACAAGAGAGCAGGAACCUGAUCGGUGCUUUUGGAAGACCCAACAAGAGGAUCACCUUUGUCACCAGUGGAUUGGUCAGCAACCUCAACUCCUAUGGAAUAGACAUCACGGCUAUGUGCAGCGGAGUCACCACCUACAUGGCUUACGAAGUUACCACUUUCCAAGGACCCCAGGUGACUCUGGGAUCAUGCAUUACCCUUGAUGUGCUGAGAGCUGUAGAGCUGAAGUACUGCAAUAGCAAUGGCAGUACUCAGCAGAUUCCCAGCGGCAUCUUCAACAACACUCAGGUCAUCAUUGGUGGCCACUCCCAGAUUGUGACCAUCAACAGGCAAUGGCGUGUGGCCGUCAUUGAGCAAAGGAACAUCAGCGGGUCCUGGAAAACCAUCUGGAACUACAACACGGGUGUCAUUGCAACCAAAGUCACACAACAGAACGCCUGCUACAUUUCCAUCAUGAACAGAAGCGAGAUGCCCCGCUUUGAUAACCUGGCCCGCCUGGCACAAGAGAGCAGGAACCUGAUUGGUGUUUUUGGAAGACACACCAAGAUCACCUUUGUCACCAAUGGACUGGUCAACAACCUCUACUCCUAUGGAACAGAGAUUGCGGCUAUGUGCAGCGGAGUCACCACCUACAUGGCUACCCAAGUUACCAGACCCCAGGUGACUCUGGGAUCAUGCAUUACCCUUGAUGUGCUGAGAGUUGUAGAGCUGAAGUACUGCAAUAGCAAUGGCAACUGGAACAACCAGUGGAACAACCAGUGGAACAACCAGUGGAACAACCAGUGGAAUGGCAACUGGAACAACAACUGGAACAACCAGUGGAAUGGCAACUGGAACAACAACUGGAACAACCAGUGGAACAACAACUGGACCAACGAGUGGAAUGGCAACUGGAACAACAACUGGAACAACCAGUGGAAUGGCAACUGGAAUAACAACUGGAACAACCAGUGGAACAACCAGUGGAACGGCAACUGGAACAACCAGUGGAAUGGCAACUGGAACAACCAGUGGAAUGGCAACGGCAAUUGGAAUGGCAACUGGAAUGGCAACUGGAACGGCAAUUUCCCGUCUCAGCAGAUUCCCAGCGGCAUCUUCAACAACACUCAGGUCAUCAUCGGUGGCCAGUCCCAGAUUGUGACCAUCAACAGGCAAUGGCGUGUGGCCGUCAUUGAGCAAAGGAGCUUCAGUGGGUCCUGGAAAACCAUCUGGAACUACAACACGGGUGUCAUUGCAACCAAAGUCCCGCAACAGAACGCCUGCUACAUUUCCAUCAUGAACAGAAACGAGAUGCCCCGCUUUGAUAACCUGGCCCACCUGGCACAAGAGAGCAGGAACCUGAUCGGUGCUUUUGGAAGACCCAACAAGAGGAUCACCUUUGUCACCAGUGGAUUGGUCAGCAACCUCAACUCCUAUGGAAUAGACAUCACGGCUAUGUGCAGCGGAGUCACCACCUACAUGGCUUACGAAGUUACCACUUUCCAAGGACCCCAGGUGACUCUGGGAUCAUGCAUUACCCUCGAUGUGCUGAGAGCUGUAGAGCUGAAGUACUGCAAUAGCAAUGGCAGUACUCAGCAGAUUCCCAGCGGCAUCUUCAACAACACUCAGGUCAUCAUUGGUGGCCACUCCCAGAUUGUGACCAUCAACAGGCAAUGGCGUGUGGCCGUCAUUGAGCAAAGGAACAUCAGCGGGUCCUGGAAAACCAUCUGGAACUACAACACGGGUGUCAUUGCAACCAAAGUCACACAACAGAACGCCUGCUACAUUUCCAUCAUGAACAGAAGCGAGAUGCCCCGCUUUGAUAACCUGGCCCGCCUGGCACAAGAGAGCAGGAACCUGAUUGGCGUUUUUGGAAGACACACCAAGAUCACCUUUGUCACCAAUGGACUGGUCAACAACCUCUACUCCUAUGGAACAGAGAUUGCGGCUAUGUGCAGCGGAGUCACCACCUACAUGGCUACCCAAGUUACCAGACCCCAGGUGACUCUGGGAUCAUGCAUUACCCUCGAUGUGCUGAGAGUUGUAGAGCUGAAGUACUGCAAUAGCAAUGGCAACUGGAACAACCAGUGGAACAACCAGUGGAACAACCAGUGGAACAACCAGUGGAACAACAACUGGAACAACAACUGGAACAACCAGUGGAAUGGCAACUGGAACAACAACUGGAACAACCAGUGGAACAACAACUGGACCAACGAGUGGAAUGGCAACUGGAACAACAACUGGAACAACCAGUGGAAUGGCAACUGGAACAACAACUGGAACAACCAGUGGAACAACCAGUGGAACGGCAACUGGAACAACCAGUGGAAUGGCAACUGGAACAACCAGUGGAACGGCAACUGGAAUGGCAAUGGCAACUGGAAUGGCAACUGGAAUGAAAAGACUGAGGGAAGCCAUGGGCAUUACCUGAGGGCCAGCACUUCUUCCAUUGUAGCAAGGAUUUUUUUGGAAGCUUUGGUGACAUCACUGUCUUCCUUCAAAUGCAAAAUAUCUUUUUUUCCCUUGGUCAUCAUCGGUGGCCAGUCCCAGAUUGUGACCAUCAACAGGCAAUGGCGUGUGGCUGUCAUUGAGCAAAGGAGCUUCAGUGGGUCCUGGAAAACCAUCUGGAACUACAACACGGGUGUCAUUGCAACCAAAGUCCCGCAACAGAACGCCUGCUACAUUUCCAUCAUGAACAGAAACGAGAUGCCCCGCUUUGAUAACCUGGCCCACCUGGCACAAGAGAGCAGGAACCUGAUCGGUGCUUUUGGAAGACCCAACAAGAGGAUCACCUUUGUCACCAGUGGAUUGGUCAGCAACCUCAACUCCUAUGGAAUAGACAUCACGGCUAUGUGCAGCGGAGUCACCACCUACAUGGCUUACGAAGUUACCACUUUCCAAGGACCCCAGGUGACUCUGGGAUCAUGCAUUACCCUUGAUGUGCUGAGAGCUGUAGAGCUGAAGUACUGCAAUAGCAAUGGCAGUACUCAGCAGAUUCCCAGCGGCAUCUUCAACAACACUCAGGUCAUCAUUGGUGGCCACUCCCAGAUUGUGACCAUCAACAGGCAAUGGCGUGUGGCCGUCAUUGAGCAAAGGAACAUCAGCGGGUCCUGGAAAACCAUCUGGAACUACAACACGGGUGUCAUUGCAACCAAAGUCACACAACAGAACGCCUGCUACAUUUCCAUCAUGAACAGAAGCGAGAUGCCCCGCUUUGAUAACCUGGCCCGCCUGGCACAAGAGAGCAGGAACCUGAUUGGCGUUUUUGGAAGACCCCACAAGAGGAUCACCUUUGUCACCAAUGGACUGGUCAACAACCUCUACUCCUAUGGAACAGAGAUUGCGGCUAUGUGCAGUGGAGUCACCACCUACAUGGCUACCCAAGUUACCACUUUCCAAGGACCCCAGGUGACUCUGGGAUCAUGCAUUACCCUCGAUGUGCUGAGAGUUGUAGAGCUGAAGUACUGCAAUAGCAAUGGCAACUGGAACAACCACGGCAUCUUCAACAACACUCAGGUCAUCAUCGGUGGCCAGUCCCAAAUUGUGACCAUCAACAGGCAAUGGCGUGUGGCUGUCAUUGAGCAAAGGAGCUUCAGUGGGUCCUGGAAAACCAUCUGGAACUACAACACGGGUGUCAUUGCAACCAAAGUCCCGCAACAGAACGCCUGCUACAUUUCCAUCAUGAACAGAAACGAGAUGCCCCGCUUUGAUAACCUGGCCCACCUGGCACAAGAGAGCAGGAACCUGAUCGGUGCUUUUGGAAGACCCAACAAGAGGAUCACCUUUGUCACCAGUGGAUUGGUCAGCAACCUCAACUCCUAUGGAAUAGACAUCACGGCUAUGUGCAGCGGAGUCACCACCUACAUGGCUUACGAAGUUACCAGACCCCAGGUGACUCUGGGAUCAUGCAUUACCCUCGAUGUGCUGAGAGCUGUAGAGCUGAAGUACUGCAAUAGCAAUGGCAGUGUCAAUUUCCCGACUCAGCAGAUUCCCAGUGGCAUCUUCAACAACACUCAGGUCAUCAUUGGUGGCCACUCCCAGAUUGUGACCAUCAACAGGCAAUGGCGUGUGGCCGUCAUUGAGCAAAGGAACAUCAGCGGGUCCUGGAAAACCAUCUGGAACUACAACACGGGUGUCAUUGCAACCAAAGUCACACAACAGAACGCCUGCUACAUUUCCAUCAUGAACAGAAGCGAGAUGCCCCGCUUUGAUAACCUGGCCCGCCUGGCACAAGAGAGCAGGAACCUGAUUGGCGUUUUUGGAAGACACACCAAGAUCACCUUUGUCACCAAUGGACUGGUCAACAACCUCUACUCCUAUGGAACAGAGAUUGCGGCUAUGUGCAGCGGAGUCACCACCUACAUGGCUACCCAAGUUACCACUUUCCAAGGACCCCAGGUGACUCUGGGAUCGUGCAUUACCCUCGAUGUGCUGAGAGUUGUAGAGCUGAAGUACUGCAAUAGCAAUGGCAACUGGAACAACCAGUGGAACAACCAGUGUCAUAUCUCCAUCUCUGGUGUCUCACAAAGCAUAAGCAUCAAUAGCCAAACACAGAAGGCAAUUAUCGAGCAAAAGAGCAACCAUUUGUCCUGGAAAACCAUCUGGAACUACAACACGGGUAUCAUUGCAACAAAAGUGAUGCCAGAGAGAACAUGCUACAUUUCCACCAUGAACAGGAAUGAGAUGCCUACCUUUGCUGCACUUGUCAGAGUGGCUGCAGAGAGGAGGAACCUGAUUGGCGGUUUUGGAAGACCUACCAAGGAGAUCACCUUUGUCACCAAUGGAUUGGUCAGAAACCUCAGCUCUUACGGAGCAGAUGUCUUCUCCAUGUGCAGUGGACUCACCACCUACAUGACUUAUGAAGUUCACGUACCCCAAUACAAUCAACCAUCAUGCACUGCACUUAAUGUCUUGAGACUUGUGGAGCUGAAGUACUGCCAUGGCAAUGGACAGCUCGGAAAAUCUUACCUUUCUUGAACCAAGAUCCAGCCUUCAGAGCUGCU